UUGUCUGUGUGACCAUGUCCUGUGGCAGCCUGUGUGUCCCCUCCUGUGGGGUGGCCACCCCGGCCCCUCUGGCUGACACGUGCAACGAGCCCUGCGUGCGGCAGUGCCCCGACUCCACGGUGGUGAUCCAGCCCCCGGCCUCAGUGGUCACCUUCCCCGGGCCCAUCCUCAGCUCCUUCCCCCAGCAGAGCGUGGUUGGCUCAGCAGGAGCCCCCGGCGUUGGAGGGGGCUACGGUGGCACUUUUGGAGGCCGUGGGGGCUACGGAGGCUACGGGGGUUAUGGGGGUUAUGGUUAUGGGGGCUGGGGCUAUGGAGGCCUUGGGGGUUAUGGGGGUUGGGGCUAUGGAGGCCUUGGGGGCUAUGGGGGUUAUGGCUAUGGAGGCCUUGGGGGCUAUGGCAGCUGUGGGUACGGGGGCUGGCGCCGUGGCCACAGGUACCUGAAUGGCAACUGCGGGCCCUGCUAAGCCCCAGCCCGAGCCCGGCCACGGAGCCAGGAGAGCUCCAGAAGAGCCACUGGCACAUCCCGACACGACCCUCUGUGGAGAAACAGCCCUUCAGCAUCACUGGCUCCAGAGCCUGGACGCCUCGU